AUGGUCCGCCACAAGAAGGACGGCUUCUCCUCCCGCGGCGGCAAAGGCGGUUACGGCCGACACCCUCCCCGCAACAACCCGCGCGCCGGCAAAGCCUCUGCUCAAGACGGCAACAACAGCGGCGGCGAAGACACCACCGCCAACCCUCACGACCCCUCCACUUCCUCGCGCCCCUAUCGCCCCCCGUUCAAAGCUGCCUGCUGGGACCUGGGCCACUGCGACCCGAAGCGAUGCUCCGGCAAGAAGCUGAUGAAGCUCGGCCUCAUGCGCGAGCUGCACAUGGGCCAGCGCCACUCGGGCGUCAUCAUCACCCCCAACGGCAAGAAGGUCGUCUCGCCCGCGGACAAGGAGCUGCUGGAGCAGUAUGGCGCCGCGGUGGUGGAGUGCAGUUGGGCGCGCACCAAGGAGGUGGACUGGAGGCGGGUGGGCGGCAAGUGCGAGCGGUUGCUGCCGUACCUGGUGGCUGCCAACACGGUCAACUACGGCAAGCCGUUCCGGCUGAACUGCGUGGAGGCGCUGGCGGCGGCGUUUGCGAUUUGCGGGCAUCUGGAGUGGGCGGAGGAGAUUCUGGCGCCAUUUUCGUACGGCAGGGCGUUCCUGGAUAUCAACUCGAAGCUGUUCAAGAUCUACUCGGCCUGCAAGGACGAGGACGAGAUCAAGCAGGCGGAGCAGGCGUGGAGGGAGAGGCUGGAGAAGGAGUAUACGGAGAGCAGAGACGUCGAGGCGGAUGAUAUCUGGACGACUGGAAACACGAAUCGGAGACCGGUCAUGGACGACUCGGACGAGGAGGAUGAAGACGACGAUGACGAGGAGGAAGACAGCGAUGACGAGGAAGCCGGUAGCGACGACGAAAAUGACAGCGUAGACGGUAUCUACCUCGGCACCAAGCCACCACCUAAACAGAAACAACCAGCCGAGGAGGAGUCAGAAGAGGAAGAGGAAGACAGGGACCCCUUCGCCAUAUCCGACGACAGCGACGACGAAGCCGAAAUGGAGGCCAUCCGCCGCAAGAUCCUCGCUUCCAAAUCGUUUGCCAACCCCGAACCGCCCAAGAAGACGGUGGAGACCAUUACUCGACCCCAGGGACAGUACAAGCCGGAUUCAGAUGCCGAGCCGGACUCGGACAACGGGGAGGAAGAUGACGAGUUUGACAACAUCAUUGCGGCCACGCCCGUGACCGAUAGGAUAGGGCUGCAGAAGUUGGAGAAGGAGCGGUCGCGGGCUACACUGACAGGCACGUUCUCGUCUGCUUCCAUAUCUGCGCCCAAGGGAGGAAGAUAA